GCGCAAAAAAGGUCACAACAAAAAGUUGCUCGGACGUGGAGCAAAAUUGAAAACGCUUCGCAGCACCUUGAGUUUCAAUCUGGUGUCACAGCAUCCUUGCAGAUGAGGGAAUUUUCGACCUGAAAGGGCGAGCAGAGUUAAUAGAUUGGAGAAAAGUGACGAAGGAAGACCGGAAAAUAAAAUUUUUGUUGAAAAAUGGCUCCUCAACAAAAAGGCAAGCAAGGCACGAAGGGCCAGAAGCAGAUUGUGGAGGAAAACAUUGCAACCCUGAGCUUUUACAGAAACAUUGCCUUAGGAGCGACUGGUGCUUUUGCCCUCGUCACUGGCAUCUUCUUUGAAAUUUUCACCACCUCAAAUAUUAUAUUUUUCUUGAUUGCCUCUGGAAUUUACACUGGCUGCUACAUGUUCAUGGGAAUGAUGGCGAGAGCAACAUUCACCGAGUCAGGGCAACUCAUCGACUCGGGACUUGACUUGAACAUGCAGGACGGAGUUGCCGAGCAUGUCAAGGACCUUGUCAUCCUCACAGCUUUUUGCCAAGUAUUCUCUCUCUUCUCAAACUACAGCUGGUUGUUCUGGCUUCUGGCGCCUGCUCGAGCACUUUGGCUUCUUUGGGGAAGCGUCAUCCAGCCGUGGCUCACAUCGUCAAAUGAGCAGCAGCAACCAGAGAUGGACGAGAAGAAGCAGAAAAAAUUGGACCGGAAAAUGAGACGCAUGCAAUAACGGAAAUAAAGAGAUGUUCAAAUUUGCCAACCAUUACCUCCGAAUAUUUUCAAUAAAUUGGGGGUUGUAAUAAUAAUAAUGACAGUUGACUGAAGCUCUGGUCAUGUCCAGGAGCAAGUAUGUCUUAACUCUGGAAGUAUCUUAGCCAUCCUUUGUGACAUAUCUUUGAUACGGAAAGAUGUCUUGCAAAUAAUUGUACUUAAAAAUUUGCCACUUUACUCCGAUCGGCUUAAUUAUUUCCUUAUUGGUCUUAUAUAAGUUCAUUUCCAUAGCUUUACACAAUUAGUCAGCGUCAAAAGUGAAUGCGUCAUGCUUGCAUUAUUUUUUUUUUUA